GAUAAGUUUCCCAUCACUAUUACUAACUCACAGCUUUCUCGAACGUGAAAGACGUGUGUUCAAUUGAGUGGAGUUAAAUUUAUUAAACUUUAAUUAAGGAAUAGAUGUUUGAACAUUUGAAUUUUGUUAGUUAUAAGUGUUUUUUGUAGUGUAAACCGCUAAGUUGAUUGAUCUUAUUUAUUUCUCAACACUCGUUGGUGAGAUAUUCGUGGCCAUGGGUGCCUCGUACCCCGAGCGAGAACUGAUGCUUUACGAUCGUUCUCUUUUGGUGGGUUUGGAUUUCUCAGUAUCACCAGCGAACUUCAAUCCACCAAUUACGGCAACUCAUCCUGGGGAAUCAUGGUUGCUUAUUCGACCAUUGCAAACCGGAGAUUACAACCGGGGAUUUCUGCAAAUUCUGUCACAGCUAACCACAGUCGGAGAUGUGACGCUUGUUCAAUUUUUGAAUAGAUUCGCUCAAAUGCGAGCAAGCGGAGAUUAUUUUGUGACAGUAAUCGUUGAUACUCGUUAUGACAAGAUAAUCGGAAGUGCAACUCUAGUACUGGAGAACAAGUUCAUCCAUGGAUGUUCAGUUCGAGGGAGACUUGAAGAUGUUGUUGUAGAUGAUACAUACCGUGGUAAACAACUAGGAAAACUGAUUGUUGUAACGGUUUCGUUGCUCGCUCAACGUCUUGGUUGCUAUAAGAUGUCAUUGGACUGCAAGGACAAACUUGUUCCUUUCUAUAAAUCUAUUGGUUACACACUGGAACCAGGCAACGCAAACACGAUGAACAUUCGCUACGAGCAACAUAAUUCAGUAGAAGCAAAUCGUACUUCCAAUGAUGUGCCACCUGACCUCCAGCCAUCUUGACAAUCAGCCGCCGGUGUUGCUAUUAAAAAAUCCAAACUAUGAAUCAUUGCUUUACAAUUGGUGAACGAUAAACAGAAAAGCACCAUCCUUUUUUCUGUUUGAGGUGAUAGAAAGCCUCUAUUAGUUGUGCUAAACGCUUUCGCUUUGAUAAGCCUAAAGAUGAACAGCACCAGCACACAGCAAUGGAUGUUAAUAAACCUUUCUCGAAAGAACCGACUAAUAAAUACCCUGACAGAAGGUUGCAUAAUGGUCUUGCGAAUAUCAUAAACUUUAUAUUAAAUAGUUUACUUCGAAAAAUCUUUUAUUUUUGCAAUUUUACAUAACACUGAGCUAGCGAAACAAAAAAAUGCUAUUGAGAAAGGUUCAUUAGCACAAAAUAAAUUGGAUUUUUGUUAAAUAUGGCAGCAUCUGGCACAUCACUGAGUCACUGCAUAAUUUUUAUUGUACAUUUUUUAGAAAUAUUUUAGUUAUUGGUGCAUGGUUUUUUUUAUAUUAAGCAAAGAUUGUACAUUCGGAAAGUCAGUGAAAAUAAAACAAAAGCUUGUUCGAAUAUGAUCA